AUGGAUCAAGUCAUUAAACAAAUUUUAUUAACUUUUUUGCUCAUUAAUUUGCUUCAAUGGUCAAUUGGAGCUCCAUUUUCCGAUGAGCCCAUUGUUGAAUUGAAUCAUGGAGGACUUGUUCAAGGAAGUGUUCGUCAUUCGAAUCUUUCUUUCAUUACAUAUUACUCCUUCAAAGGUAUUCCGUAUGCUGAACCUCCUGUUGGAGAUUUGAGACUUCGAGGAACUCUUCCGCACAAAGGUUGGAAUGGAAUUCGUGAUGCUUCGAAACACGGAGAAGUUUGUUUGCAACUCGCUCGUGAUGGAUCGAAUGCAGUUUUAGGAUCUGAAGAUUGCUUAACACUUGCGGUUUAUACUCCAAAAGUCGUUAAUGAGCCAAAGUAUGCAGUUAUGGUCUACAUUAAUGGCGGAGGCUUUUUGUACGGAAACGGAAAUGAAGAAGAUUUGAAUCCAGAUUUGUUAGUAGCAGAAGAAAUAGUUGUUGUAAAAAUAAAUUAUCGUGUUGGUUUCCUCGGAUUUUUGUCGACAAAUGACAAAAACAUACCCGGAAACUAUGGCUUGAAAGAUGUUUUGGAAGCUUUGAGAUGGAUUCAAGCAAAUAUAAAACGAUUUGGCGGAGAUCCAUCGAGAGUUACGCUCUUUGGAAACUCCAGCGGCGGAAUGAUGGUACAUAUAUUAACUUUGUCUUCCUUAUCCAAAGGACUUAUUCACAGAGCAAUUCCGCAAUCAGGAAUUGCUUUUGCUUAUUCAGGCAUUCAACGUAAUGCACGAAAUCGUACUUUCCAAAUGAUGAAUUUAAUGAAUAUUACUUUUGAUACAACGGAAGAUCUUAUUGUUAAAUUGCGAAAAAUUGAAGAUCCAAGUAUUUUUGUGUUACCAACUCCUGACACAAUGGAUCCUAUGGAUUUUCCGAAGAUGAAAGGUGAAGUAUUUUAUGCGCCAGUUAUUGAGCCAAAAGAUUCUAAAGAACCUCAAGUGUUAACUGAUGAACCGGAAAAUAUAAUAAGAAAUGGAAAAGCUUUGGAUAUUCCUCAAAUAAUUUCAAUCACGAGCGAGGAAGUGUUAUCUUCAGCUCUCGAGUAUGAAUAUUUUCCCGGAUUAUCUGAUCUUUUUGAACAACAUCCGGAAAACUUCUUUCCUCUUGGAUGGAAAAUGCAACCAAACUCAACUGAAGCUACAGAAUUCAUGGAGAGAAUACGAAAUUUGUACUUUGACGGAAAGCAAAUUGAAGAUGUUUAUGACUACAUUCAUUUCGCUUCUGAUUUAUGUUUUAACUAUCCCGCAUACAAAACAGCUCGUAUUCAUGUUGAAAGUCAAAGUAAUCCAAUUUACUUCUCAGUCUUUGGAUUUUAUGGCGAUUUGAGUUCAUACAAGAAGAAAAAUAAUUUGGAUAAAUAUGAAGGAGUUUGUCACGCGGAUGAGUUACCUUAUCUCUUUCCAAGCCCGAAAUUUCCAGAAGUUACGCCCGAUAAUCUUGCGUUCAAGGUUAGAGCUCGUACAGUUCGUCUUUGGGCUAAUUUUGCAAAAACAGGAAAUCCAACGCCCAAAUUCGAUGAAUUGGUAAAAGUUGCUUGGCCAAGAAUGAUGAAAAAUUAUUACUAUUUUGCGGAACACAAUGAAGAUAUGUACAUUAAAAUGAAUCCAUUUGGGCAAAGAUUAGUUGAAUGGUGGGAUAUGGAUCACAAAUUCAACUACAUUUAG